UCUGUGGACCGGCCGGCUGUCAGAAAAAGUUUAGAUCAGUUUCAGAUUUUAAACUCUGUCAAUCAAGGAUAAUAAUUACCAAUAAAAGAACGUACAUAACUUAGUUUAAAGUUUCUCUAUAAUGGCCAUACCAGCCUUACGCCAGCCGAAAUUAUCCGGCAACUUGGACGAUUCAUCUAAAAUAGGUGUUGGAGAAGCGCAGAAUGUUAUUCUAACUUUAAAAGACAGUAAAAAAGUCUUGGUAACUUCAGACGCGUACCAAGGGAUAAUGAAAACCAAGGACAUGUUUAAAUGUAUCUUCUGUGGGAUUGACAUGGAGUUGGAUACGAAUUAUAAGGAUAACCACAUCAAUAGCGCAGCUCAUAAACAUCGUAUGCGCACCUACCCUCAUGUUGAAGAUUAUGGAGAAAAUUUGAUAAGAAAAUUGAACUCAAAGCUCUGUUUUUGCACUAUUUGCAACAUUGUAGUGUUGUAUCCCUUCCUCAAACACCACAUUGCUGGGCUGGUACACACCACUGAACUAAAGAAGGCAUUAAUAAGGGCCACGGCAUAUGAUGCUUAGAUAACAUUAUAUACAUCAAAGAUUUUGUAAAGCCAAUGUUAUUUAUGUAUAGAUCCUUUAUAAUGGGUAUUUUGGAAUAGACCACUCAUUUUUGGCCCUUAAAGGGUGGAAAAUUGGAUCAGCUAUGAUUGAUGACAUUGUGAUAUGAAGUUAGUCGAAGCUUAAUUAUAUUAUUGUGAUGAAAUCUUUUUGUUAGUUUGUGUAUUCGUUUUUACUAGCACAAUCCUUUUUAUUGUUGUAGUUUUUAACUUACGUGGCAGAUAACAACUUGAUGUCCGACACUCAAGACCCUGGGGGUCGACCAUAAAAUGGAUUUCCCCUUUGUUAUUAAAAAAGGUCACAAUAGAAAGGCUUUUAGUGAUAUGGUCACCUCUGCUGUUAUUUUUUAAUACAAAAUAGUGAAGUUGCUGUAAUUUAUUGUGAUGCCACAGAGAUAUUAUUUUGUACAAAUUUAUGUAAUAUAAUUUGAAGUAUUUAGUGCCAUAUGCCGUAAAACCCUUAUGAUGGUAAACUAUUAGACCAGAAGGCUGUCAAUUAAUUACAAAUAUUAAUUUUCGACUGCUCAUCUGAAAAAUGUUUAUAUCAUUAACUCUCUUAGCAUCAUCAUUAAGCCAUUCAGCUGAAUGUAGUGUGAGAGCCUUUGUCUUUUCUCACCUAUUGGCUGUGUCUACCACGUAAGGAAUGAAAA